UACUUAUCUGGCCAAUGCGCCGCGCCGGGGAAGAGAAUGGAGAAGAUGCGUGUACACGGCGCGGCAGCGUCGGUGGGGUGGGAGGGGAUCAGUGGAAAUUUUAAGGGAAAAAAAGGGGCGAGAGGAAGGGGCGGAGAGUGUCGGUGGAAGAAGAAAGAAAGGGACGCACUACCAGGAAGGAAACUGAACCAAACUCUUGUCAGAAUAAGUGCUCAAUUGCUACUUUGUGCUAAUUUUGUGCCCCUCCUCACCAAUGGGCAGAUGGUUGAUGACAUCCCGCCAGAGCAGCUCGCACUUGUGCCGUCUUUCAUGGGAGGCAGGGGAAAGAGAAUCCACCCACUUCCUUAUGCGGACCCUAACCUACCUGUGCAACCAAGGUCUAUGGACCCAUCGAAGGAUCUCGCUGCGUAUGGUUAUGGUAGUGUUGCAUGGAAGGAACGGAUGGAGAGCUGGAAGCAGAAACAGGAGAGUUUGCACCAAAUGAGGAAUGAUGGUAGCGGUAAAGACUGGAAUGGUGACAAUGAUGAUGCAGAUCUACCACUCAUGGAUGAAGCUAGACAACCGUUGUCCAGAAAGAUUCCGAUUUCUUCAAGCCAGAUUAACCCCUAUAGAAUGGUUAUCAUAAUUCGCCUGGUGGUUCUUGGUUUCUUCUUCCACUACCGUGUGAUGCAUCCAGUGCAUGAUGCAUUUGCUUUAUGGCUGAUAUCUGUAAUCUGUGAAAUCUGGUUUGCCAUGUCUUGGAUUCUUGAUCAAUUCCCAAAGUGGUUUCCUAUUGAGAGGGAGACAUACCUUGACCGAUUAUCAUUGAGGUUUGACAAGGAGGGCCAGCCUUCUCAACUCGCACCAAUUGAUUUCUUUGUCAGUACAGUUGACCCUUUAAAGGAACCACCUUUAGUCACAGCAAAUACUGUUCUGUCCAUUCUGGCGGUAGAUUAUCCAGUUGAUAAGAUUUCUUGUUACGUUUCUGAUGAUGGUGCUGCAAUGCUGACAUUUGAAGGAUUAUCUGAAACUUCUGAAUUCGCAAAGAAAUGGGUACCGUUCUGUAAAAAUUAUUGCAUUGAACCACGUGCUCCAGAGUGGUAUUUCCAACAGAAGAUAGACUACCUUAAAGAUAAGGUGGUCCCGAACUUUGUUAGGGAGAGAAGAGCAAUGAAGAGAGAGUAUGAGGAAUUCAAGGUUAGAAUCAAUGCAUUGGUUGCUAAAGCGCAGAAAGUUCCUGAUGAAGGGUGGACAAUGCAAGAUGGAACUCCGUGGCCUGGAAACAAUGUUCGUGAUCAUCCUGGAAUGAUUCAGGUUUUCCUUGGCCAAAGUGGUGGUCAUGAUGUGGAUGGACACGAACUGCCUCGAUUGGUUUAUGUUUCAAGAGAAAAACGGCCAGGCUAUAACCAUCAUAAGAAGGCUGGUGCUAUGAAUGCAUUGGUCCGAGUCUCCGCUGUACUAACUAAUGCUCCAUAUAUGCUGAACUUGGAUUGUGAUCACUACAUCAACAACAGCAAGGCUAUAAAGGAAGCGAUGUGUUUUAUGAUGGACCCUUUGGUAGGAAAGAAAGUCUGCUAUGUGCAGUUCCCUCAAAGAUUUGAUGGGAUUGAUCGUCAUGAUCGGUAUGCCAAUAGGAAUGUCGUCUUUUUCGAUAUCAACAUGAAAGGUUUGGAUGGUAUCCAAGGCCCCAUCUAUGUCGGUACUGGAUGUGUCUUUAGAAGGCAGGCGUUGUAUGGUUAUGAUGCACCCAAAACAAAGAAGCCCCCAUCAAGGACUUGCAACUGCUGGCCCAAGUGGUGCUUUUGCUGUUGCUGCUUUGGUGAUAGGAAGACCAAGAAGAAAACCGCAGAACCUAAAACUGAGAAGAAAACGAGGUUGUUUUUCAAGAAAGCAGAGAAUCAAUCCCCUGCAUAUGCUCUCAGUGACAUUGAAGAAGGUGCUCCAGGAGUUGAGACUGAAAAGGCUGGCAUUGUAAAUCAGCAGAAGUUGGAGAAGAAGUUUGGCCAGUCUUCUGUUUUUGUUGCAUCCACACUUCUCGAGAAUGGUGGAACCCUGAAAAUUGCAAGUCCAGCUUCUCUGCUUAAGGAAGCUAUACAUGUUAUCAGUUGUGGCUAUGAAGACAAGACAGACUGGGGGAAAGAGAUUGGCUGGAUCUAUGGAUCAGUUACAGAAGAUAUUCUAACUGGGUUUAAGAUGCAUUGCCAUGGUUGGCGAUCAAUUUACUGCAUACCUAAACGGCCUGCAUUUAAAGGUUCUGCACCUCUCAAUCUUUCUGAUCGUCUUCACCAGGUUCUUCGGUGGGCUCUUGGCUCGGUUGAAAUUUUCUUCAGCAAUCAUUGCCCUCUUUGGUAUGGUUAUGGUGGUGGACUAAAAUGUUUAGAAAGAUUUUCCUACAUCAAUUCUAUCGUAUAUCCCUUCACAUCCAUUCCACUCCUGGCUUACUGUACCUUACCUGCCAUCUGUUUGCUGACGGGGAAAUUUAUCACUCCAGAGCUGACCAACGUCGCAAGUCUCUGGUUCAUGUCACUUUUUAUCUGCAUUUUUACUACUGGCAUCCUGGAAAUGAGAUGGAGUGGUGUAGCCAUUGAUGAUUGGUGGAGAAAUGAGCAGUUUUGGGUCAUUGGAGGUGUCUCUGCACACCUCUUUGCAUUAUUCCAGGGGCUUCUCAAGGUCAUAGCUGGUGUAGAUACGAGCUUCACUGUAACAUCAAAGGGUGGAGAUGAUGAAGAGUUCUCUGAGCUUUAUACGUUCAAAUGGACUACCUUGCUAAUAGCUCCUACCACUCUGCUCCUAUUGAACUUCAUCGGGGUGGUAGCUGGCAUUUCCAAUGCAAUCAACAAUGGAUAUGAAUCUUGGGGGCCCCUCUUCGGGAAGCUCUUCUUUGCCUUUUGGGUGAUUGUCCAUCUAUAUCCUUUCCUCAAAGGUUUGGUUGGAAGGCAAAACAGAACACCAACAAUUGUCAUUGUCUGGUCCAUUCUGCUGGCUUCAAUCUUUUCACUCCUAUGGGUCCGUGUGGAUCCUUUCUUAGCGAAGAAUGAUGGUCCAGUUCUGGAAGAGUGUGGCUUGGAUUGCAACUAAGGAUGCCAUCACGCUAACUCCCCAUCACCUUGUGCUGGAAGAUAUAUUUUUGCAGGUGUAUGUGCCCGUAUUUAUACACUUCCCCUCUGUAGAUAGAAACACAAAAAGGUCGCAUUGCUUAUAUUCCAUGGUGAUAGCUCAGCCUCAUUUCUGCAAUAUUUGGGCAAACAGGAGGCUGCGGCAACCUUGUGCAGAUGGUCUACCAAGUACAGCCUACACCUAUAUUUGAUUGUUCAGCAUUCUUUAUUGCACACGGUGGAAAUGAACCGGGUGAGCCGAGCAGAAGAAAGAUGUUUGACUCGAUGCGUUGCUGUCCAUGUACAAACUUGUUUCUCAAUAAGGCAGGCAGGAAGUUAUCUGCCGUGUGGAGCAAAAGGGUGCACAGUAUUUAUGUAGUCAGACAUUGUAUGCCUGCCCAUUGAGGGGCUUAUUCUUUCCUUUUCUGCUUUAUUAGUACAAAUUGUUCAUGUAGCUAGUAGUAACGUAGUGUAUCUAGUGUUGUAAAACGAAGCUUUUUUGCUGUCUAUGUAAUCGUAUCUAUCUAUCUAUAUCUAUCUAUAUAUAUCUAUAUAUAUAUAUCACUUUCUCA